AUGGAGGAGCGAACCAACUUCUGCGAGCUGCUGACUUGGGGUCACAUUGGUUUUCUAGGGGCUGAGGAUGGCGCCGUCUCUGGCACUGUGGCUGCACCCAAGGUUGACACACCAAGACUGUCCAGCUUCCUCCGGGCGGCCUGCCAGGUGAUUGCAGUUCUGCUGGGAGAAGACCAUGUGGUGGCCGAGCCCCGCUGGAGCCAUGAAGCACAGGGCAGUGUGUUGCCUUUCAGCGACAGCACCUUGCAUCUGGACACCAGCCUGCUGUUCCUCCAGAAUCGAGAAGUGUCUCUUCUGCAUACCUCUCAGGUGCAGAGACAGAGAGUGGUGUCUGUCCAUGGUUGGUCUGGGAAGGCCUUCAACCCUGUGCUGGAUGGCAGAUAUGUGCUCUGUGUGUGGGAUAUCUGGCAGUCUUCAGGGCCUCAGAAGGUCCUGAUAUGUGAGUCAAAGGUCACAUGUUGCUUUAAUCCUUUUAAGGCCUUUUUGCUGUUUGCUGGAACAGCCCAUGGCUCAGUGGUCAUGUGGCACCUACGGGAAGACUCCCGGAUACAUUGUUAUGUGAAGCUGAGCGACUGCUUCUGGACAUUCAGGAUGCCGACAUUUUCCACGGAUGGGACCCUCACUCCGGCCAGCCACUGUAGCGCUCUUCAGGCCAUGGAGCCCAUCUCCACAACCGUCCAUAAGAAGCAGAAUUUUGCGCUCUCACCCAUUUCUCCUCAGGAGGAAAUGUCGGAGUUGUCGUUCCAUAUCGCCUCCUUGGAUGAAAUCGGGGUUCUCAACAUGUGGGUGGUGCUUGAAUUAUCAAAGCCAGAUAUUGCAGGUUCAAUAAGUGAUUUAGGUUUACUGCCAGGGGGGAGGAUAAAAUUGGUACACAGCGCUGUGAUCCAGCUGAGUGGCAGCCUUUCCCAUGAAGAUGAUGAGUAUUGAGGGACCACACAAACACUGAAUGUUAAAUUCCUGCCUUCAGAUCCUAAUCACUUUAUUGUUGGCACAGUUGGCCUUGUAAGGCAUGGCACCAGACAGGGUCCGAGAGAGUCUCCCAGACUGUUCACGCCCCAGCAGCACAGUGUGAGACCAGUGAAGGUGAAUGUGAUUGACUUUUUUCCAUUUGGAGAACCAGUAUUCCUGAUAAGAAAGUCUGUUUUAAAGCACCAGUUCUACUGGGGCAGCACAACACCUGGUCAUCUGCUGGAAUUUUUAGCAGUUGGUCAUCAGCAGUAUCUGUGGGACACGCCUGCACAUCUCACCCCUCUGAGGCCUACCUGUGCAGUUGGUACAGGCCCUUCACACAGCUAUGGGAUGGAUCAGAUGUUAGACCAUUUUAUUUUGACAUGAUUUCAGGCUCAUAGGAAAGCUACUGCAGUCCAGUUCUCUGCCUGCCCUCCAUGCAGGCUCCCCACAUGCCACAUGUUUGCCACCUGGCUCCAUCCUGUCCCUCUGUGGGUGGGUUUACAGGUCCACCCUGAACAGAUUGGUGUCAGUGUCCUCAGAGCAGGACCACCCUCUGCAGCUGUGGUCCUGUCCCCCACAGGUCUGAUGGGGGUGACGUCCUUUCUGAGCAGAGCGCUGUCCCAUCAGGAGCUCGUGCAGCUGCUGUGCCUCCUCAGGACCCUCUGACCUGGGCAUCUCCCUCACACUCUCCGGCCUUGGCACUGCUGACAGGCAUAGGAUGCACCUCUGAAUACACGUGCUGGUCCUCACGGCUAGAUCCGGGUCUGUGCCCUGGCCUGUGCCCACUGGCGCUGUGCUGUGGGUCCUGCCCUUGCCUUUCUCAUGCAGGUCCCGUGGGGACAGACAGGCAUGUUGGGAGCCCUGAUGCUCGUGGGGCCACUGGCAGCCUCGCCCUCCAUUGUUGGUGGUGUCCAGCCCCUGCUGAGGCUCCGUGUGGAGCCAGCUGUUCCCUGGGCUCCUGGGCACACAUGCCUGCCUUUAUUACAUGAAUGGGCAUGUGGCCUUUCACUCUUAGGUCCCAAUCACUUAUUCUGCUGCUCACACUGUCCCGGGGGGGUGUCCUCUGCCAUCACUCGCAAGCCCUUCUUUGCCAUCUGGUACAGUAAGCCCUGGAGUCAGCCACUUCUCCAGGGAGUCCUGGCUCCUGGUGGGAGAAAAACACCUGGAAACCAAGCCCUGGGCAGUAGACAUGGUUGCUGUGCAGGCACUUUGAUACCUCCUUUGAUCUCUGCCUGUCAGAUGUCUCUGAUCCAGGUGACUUGGGCUCCCUGCCUCCCCAGCUGGGAAACAUGCUCCAGGUAUCUUGGUGCGCUUGAUCUCACGUGCUCCAUCCCAAGUACACAGAUGACUCAUGAUUGUGCCUCAUGCCUCUGUAGCUUUUGAGUACGUGAAGAAUUAAAUAUAUUGAGGAAAAAGGCAUCAAGUGUCUCUUUCUGAGCUAAAAGGUUUUUCUUUGUGGAAAUUUCAACCCAAGGAGACAGUAUUAACCACAUUACUGGUACCAAUGUAUGUGAUUUUUCUAAAAAGGUGGCUUGUUUACUUCCAUGGAGCCUGUCUUAAUGGCAUAUGAUCACAUCAGCAAUAUUCAAGUUUGUUAAAAAUAAAUACUGUUUAUGUA